AUGGCUGGUCGUGAAAAGAUGGCAGAUAUGGGAGACCAAACAAGGGAGAUUGGGCCAAGGAUUCACAUCACAAAUGUUCAUUGGCAGGCGUCUCAGGUCCUGAUUUCCGGGGAUAGCCAGGAUGAGCGAGCACCAGCCGCAAGUUACGACGCAGAAGUUAUUUUUACAACUAGAUUUAUGAAUAGCUUUUUGCUCUGCUUCGUAACCCCGACGCCAAAACCCAGGUUUGCUUGCCUGCUACGGGGUCCCCAGCAGGUGGGCUCUUUGGUCCCAGGAUUUCUACCAUUGUUCUCUUCUUUUCUGGAGGGCGUGAUGGACGUGCAAGCAGGCCUUCAAUGCUCGCUCCGUCACCUGGGUUUGGCCUGGUUGGCCUGGUUUGGCGGUACAGAUACUCUCCGUGGUAUCCGCUCCAUCAUCAUCAUCAUCAUCACCACCACCACCACCACCACCAAAUCCAUGAAACUCUCUCCCUCUACAAGUUCCCUUGCGCAGACACCACACGUACCAUAUACCAAUACCAAGACGUCGCUCUUCAUUCCUCGGUCCUUCAACACCAAGGGUUUAGGGGCCACCCUGGAUCGCCCGCAAAACGAGUGGAAGGUUGAACGAACGGUUGUACGCAGCGCAAUCGCCACUGUUUCCUCAUUCCUCAGCUAA